UGCUUUAUAUCGUGUGGGUCAUGGUGCACCUGUUAUAUCUGACUUGAAACCUGGCUACAAAUAUUGGGUUAUUGGCUAUCAUUUUAGUUUGUGUGAAGCCACUAGUAAAACUAUUACGUGUCUUUAUGGAUAUGAUCUAGACAAAAAGGAAUAUUCCACAUUGCCUAAUUUUGAAUUUAAUGUACUAUCCUUUAUUGGACAUCCAGAUUCUAAAGUAUUUGGGCAAAUUAAAGUGGAUCGAAAAUCAUCCAUAAAAAAAAUUUCUUUUCAAAAGAAUAACAAGAAGCAAGAGGUUGAUAGUAAAUUACCAGAAUUUAUCAGCUUGUGUGCAGAUGACAAGAAAGAAUGUCAGAAAUGCUAUCCUGAGUUUAUUGCCAAAAAGUUCGACCGUAUUAUCCUUGAACAACCUAAAUGUAAGAAUGCGAUUAAUAAAAAACUUCAUGACCACUGUUUUGCAUUAGUUUUUAAUCCCGAAGCUGUUAAAAAGUAG